UAUGCUCUGAGUGUAUCAGUACCUGUCUUCAGUUUACUCCUUUACGUCCACUGCAGAAAGAGUAGCCAAGUAGCAUUUUUAGCAUUCAUACUAUAUUUAAAAAAGAGUGAAAAACUUUCCUUUUUUUUAAAUUUAAUUUUUUUUUUAAUUUUUUUUUUUUUACAGAACUACAUAUGGGUAAAAGCAUAUUAGUGGAGAAAUCACAGCUUUGAUAAAACACAUAUGCAUAAAUUAACAUAAUUUUCAGAAGGUCGACAUUUCUGUAUUAUAAAUUUCUAUGAGCUGUAAGCCGUAAUCAUCAAGAUUAAGAUUAAAACACAAAAAGGUUUGAAAUAUUUCACUUUAUGCAUAAAGUAAUGUAUAAAUGUAUAUGAUAUUAAAUCUUUUGAGAUGCACCUGUACACUAACUAUAGUUUUGCAAACAUCAGAUAACUUCACCUCUGUUUCAGUUGUUGCCUUAACCCUGGAUUGCUGAGAUGAUUUUUGAUGUUUCAUCAAAAGUUUGAGAAAAUAAUUAUGUAAGGUUGUUUCGGUGCCUUUGCUGCCUUACAAUAAAUUAUACAGUAUAUUGUUAUAGAAGUGUUACUGUAGCUAUAAGGGCAUUUGCUACAGUAUAUUCUGCCAUUGCUGUAAAUGUUUUUGAAAAUACUAUGCCAUCUGCUGUGUGGAAUUUAGAGAUAUUUAAGUGUCAUACAGGUUUGAACACAGUAUUUUGUUCUAUGUUAAUUCUGAAAAGGAAAUGUAUAUAUGCAUGCUAUAAACGGUAUGGAUGAUCAUUCCAGUGUUCAUUCCAGUCUAAAGUCUAAACAAACCAGAUAAUGACCAUAUAUGUAUGCAACAACAAUUCAGAGAUUUCCUCAAACGUGUACGUGUGUGUGUGUGUGAAACCAAGGGAGGAAGGAAGAAAUCAGCUGUACAUGACGGUGCUCCCUAUGGUUCCUCAUCCUGAGAUACUUAUGACACCUCUGUCUCUCUGGAUUGCUCACACACUCCUGUUUAGCCAAACACAAAGCUUGCUCUCUCCACCACAUGACAUACUGCUAGACACCUAUUUCUCUGGUACAGGUUCACUGCAUUGUAAAGAUGUGUUCCAUCUGCGGCUCAAAAUAUCUGCCUGUGGUCAUGAUUCUUCUGGCAGUAGUGAGCAUGCUGGCCAACCUGCUCCUGCUUUUCCCUGGACUCACUUAUAAAUACCUGUUUGAAAAUCAUGUCACUCCAGAGGCCACAUGGUGCACAGGAAUAUGGGCUUCUGGAUUUGUAGUGCUUGUGGCGGUUCGUGGCUUUGCAUCCAAUGAUACAAAAACAGGAUGUUGUCAGUUCCGAGCUGAUAUGCUGUGUCGGAUAGUCUACUCAUGUGUGGCUGUGGUUGGAGCUGGCCUCUGUUUCCUGUUCAAUUGUACAGGACUAACAAAAGGACCACUAUGUCUGCACAAUGGAACUGAGGGUCUGGAGUGGGAGAGACCCCUCAGACUUAUGAAUAUGGAUGCAACAAGUUACCUGUAUGAGCCAGAGAGAUGGGCCUCUGCCUGUGAGGAGCCUCGUAAUGUUGUGGUGUGGAACAUUGUUCUCUUCUCUACUAUCAUGGCUGUCAAUGGACUUCAGGCUGUAUUCUGUGUUGUGCAGAUCCUCAAUGCUGUACAUGGUGUGAUAUUUGGACCUAGUAAGAACAAGGUAAAGUUAAUUUUGCUAUUCUGGUGUAUGCAAGUAGUAUAGAGCAGCAAACUGGGGGGGUGGGGCACAUACAAAUGUCCGAAGUUGUAUCUCUACUUAGUAAUAAAUCUUAAAAAUCGUAGAUGUUAUGAAACAUUAUUCAAAUGAAAUAUGUGGCAACCAUUCACAAUUCACAGCCAUCCCUCGCCACUAUGUGUUGUAUGUGUUGGCUAUUGAUACAGUAGCUGUGAAGAAAUUAUGGGGGAGUAAUGACACUCUCCACAGCUGUUUGCAAUGAACAAAUCAAACAAAAGCAAUUGAAAUAGUUCAACACAACGAAUGCUUCAAGUGGUUUCUCCCAAAUUCAACUGAAAAUGCAACAUAUAAUGACUUCUCCAGUUUCAAAAUUAAUCAACCCCCUUGAAUAGAAUCCCUCACAACAGCACAAAUAUUCAAAACAGGUGUUGUCUCAAGCACACCUGAUACAACCAAUCAAGGGCUUCAUUAGUUGCACCAGGUGUGCUUGAGCUGGAACACAUGAAGUACCUGAACUGGCUAGGGGCAGAAAAUAUAUUAAAUACCUGGAUGAGGCAGAAAAAGGAAGCUAUCAACGGCUGCAACCAGAUUUCUGAAAGGCAGAUUGUGAAAAACCCUCGAGUGACUGCAAAAGACCUGCAGCAAGAUUUGGUGGCAACAGACACCGAGGUUUCAGUGAGCACAGCUCUGGGGCUACUUUGCAUCCUCUGGCACUAGAAACCUACAGUGUUUGGAAGGCAAGAUGGAUUCAUUGAAGUAUCAGGAAAUCCUAGGAGAAAACAUCAUGCCGUCUGUGAGGAAGCUGAAGCAUGGGCGUCAUUGGACUUUGGCAUACCUCAAAUUCCACCAAGGCUUGGUUACAGAAAAAGUCCUGGUAGAUUCUACAGGGCCAUCACAGUCAUGUGAUGAACCCCAUAGUUGAACCCCAUAGAAAAUCUCUUAUGGAAUUUGAAGAAGGCGGUUGCAGCACGCAAACCCAAGAAUAUUACUGAACUGGAGGCCAUUACUCAUGAGGAAUGGAACACUGGAACACUGCCAGAAGCUGGUGUAUAGCUAUGCAUCUCAUUUGCAGCAGAUCAUAAAUGGGUGCUCUACUAAGUA